CCUGGCUCCCCAUUGGCUGCUUGGAGAAGCCCGGUCUCCGGGUAAGAUGGCAGCGGACGGAUUGUGCUCGCUCCCCGCUUCAUGGCGGCCGGUGACCCUCACCCACGUCGAAUAUCCUGCAGGUGAUCUCUCAGGCCACGUCCUUGCCUACCUGAGCCUUAGCCCUGUGUUUGUCAUUGUUGGUUUCGUGACCCUCAUCAUAUUCAAGCGGGAGUUGCACACGGUGAGUCUGCCCCCCGCCACCACCCUUUACCUGCUCCCCAGAAACAAGGAAGAGGAAACUGCGGCCUCCCAGCAGAUCUCAUUCCUUGGGGGCUUGGGACUGAACGAGGGGGUCAACUGGCUGAUCAAACACGUCUUCCAGGAGCCACGGCCCUGUGGAGGUCUCCACAUGGCAGUGAGCACUAAAUAUGGGAUGCCCUCCAGCCAUUCCCAGUUUAUGUGGUUCUUCUCCGUGUAUUCCUUCCUUUUCCUGUAUUUAAGAAUGCAUCAAACAAACAACGCCAGGUUCCUGGACUUGCUAUGGAGGCACGUGCUCUCCCUGAGUCUCCUCACUACGGCCUUACUAGUCUCCUAUAGCAGGGUCUACCUGCUGUACCACACCUGGAGCCAGGUGGUCUAUGGGGGCAUCGCUGGGAGCCUCAUGGCCAUCGCCUGGUUCGUCUUCACCCAGGAGGUCCUCACUCCGCUGUUUCCCAGGAUAGCAGCCUGGCCUGUCUCUGAGUUCUUCCUAAUCCGAGAUACAAGCCUCAUUCCCAACGUGCUCUGGUUUGAGUACACAGUAACGCGGGCAGAAGCCAGGUGAAAACACUGAGGCUCACAGAGGAGAAGGGAAGUCACCUACCUGAGGAACAGACAGCGCAAGCUGGGGACAAAACUACAGUGACUGGUGGGUGUGGCUGGGUCCAGCCUCCAGGUCUGGCCUGCACAAUGCCUUGCAGGAUGGACAGAAUGAUGGACAGAGGGAUAUGAAGCAGAGACCUCUACAGACUCAAGUCACCAAGUGGAGCCUUUUUUUUUUUUCUUAUUUUAAUUUUAAUGAACAAGGUGGACCAAAGGGCUGAACCAGCCCCUCAACCAGGACCCUGGAGGGCCUGCUGCCAGGGGGCCACAGGGCCAGAGACCCUUGCUGUGCUGCUGCCGCCUGCCCCUGGUUGGGCGGGAAGUGCCCUUGGCAUGGGCACCAGGGCGUGGGGUAGAGGAGGACGGCUUGUGCCUCUGGUCUUGGGGCCAGGAAAUCCAGGUGGCGUGAAAAAUACACACACUAUUUAUUUUUUGGUUUUUGUCAAGAGCAUAUAGGAUUUUGGAGAUGGACCGGAAGAACCUGUUCUGCAGCGGGUACGCUGCAUACAGAGGGGCCCAGGUCAGCUUCCCAGGCCGUUUGCCUUGAGCCCAGGGGAAGACUACCUCUCCCUGGACCUGAGGGGUGGUCUGGGGGGCCAGGAGGAGGGGGGCACCCUGCCCCCUCCCUGCCACCAUUGCCAUUCCAGAACCUUGUUCAGUGUUUCCUUGUCUGGGGGCAAGGGCCCAGAGAGAGCACGCAUCUGGCGGCUGCUAUCAUUGUGUCCUACCCUGUAUUGACCCUAUACCACAAGGGCUUUCUCUGGUCUCCUGUCCCCAAGACAAUGGUCCCUUUCUGACAAAAGAGCCUGCACAUUGUGGGUGACCAAACCCAAGCUGUUUACAGCUCUUUUUUGUCCUGCCAUCCGGUAGCAGUUAGUCUACAUCCCCACUCAAACAAAAUGCUAAGGCACCAGGAGCUGGGGUGAGAGGAACGGGGGGGAGGGGCAGUGGGUGUCUGACAUCUCUUUGCCUUCCCUCUGCGUGCUCCGAACAUGUCCCUGUCCUUCCACCAACCUCUGACAGGCUGGGAACCCGCUCCGGCUUGCCCUUGAGCCUGUGUUUGGGUCUGGGCUCACAGAUCCCCCAGGCCCAGCUUGGAGGAGGGCUCCUCCUAAAGGGCCUGAUCUCUAAGUUGCUGCAACACGGAGUGGUGGAGGGGAGAUGCUUCCAGACUCUUAGGAGUUUUUAGAAAGGAACCAGGCCACUGGGGAUCUGUGUUCGAAUCCUUUUCUCCCUCUUUUCUUUGUGGAGGUCCCUAAUCUGCUGCUGAAGCACAAUAUUGUGGUGCUUUCUUGUCUCUCACUUGUUAAAGACAGCGUCCAAAAGCCAGGCCAGAUGCCAGGACCAGGGGCUUAUUUUGGGGGAAGGUAGGUCAGUCUCCACACUUUCCUCCCCUUUCCUUAUUUUUGUUUUUUACUUUUUGCCUGAGAUAAGCCAAGUGUGAGGUGGUUUGAUUUAAGAAAAAUCAUUGAAAUUGUUUACUGUUGUUUUAAAAUAAAAUCGUAAACUCUGGCAGCUUGAGCACAUGUUGACCCAAACUCAUGGGAGAAGCUGGGGGCAGCUGUGAGGACACAUGACCCUGAGAAGCAAGGUUGUGGUUAAGGUCAUAACAUUGUAAGCAUCUCUGAGACAGUUCCCUCCAGCUCCCAAAGCAAGGAUUUAAAUUGGCUCUGUGACAUUUCCCACCAUGGUUUGUCCAGCCUCUGGCUACAUCCCUCCAGUAGGAGACCUCACUGCAUCUUGAGAUCCAGCACCCUGUUUCUAGACAGCUCUCAGCGUUAGGGAGUUUGCCCUUCUUUUCAGUUCCAAUCUGCCUCCCUGUGUGGUCCUUGCCGGCUCUGGCUCGGCCCUUAGUAAACCGAGUUCCUUCUCCUUUCAUGUUACAGCCCUUCAGGACUGGGGACGGCCGGCUUGUCUUUCCUAAGCUUCCUCCAGGAUAAACAUCUCCACUUUGUUUAAUUCAAUAUUUGUUGAGAGUAUGGCUGGAAAAAAAACGGCAAACUGAGCUGGGUUUUUGGAUGCGUUUUAAGAGUGAGAUGAACACAAGUCAAAUCUAAGGGCUGGGCCAAGGUGGCAAGUCUAAUCCUCCAAACAUUAUACUGAGACACAAAAGAGCUAUGUACUCAGGGUGAGGGCGAAUCAGAAGUAAUCUCAUCCUCAUGUGGGCUUGAAAUCUGGGUUUGGGUCUCCCGGUUGCUCCACAGAACCUUGAAAGUCAGUUAAGGUGGCCUCAGACUGGUAGUAAUCCCAGGUGUGUGGCAGAGACAGACUCUGGAGGAAGGAACCUUCAUCCUAGCCUUCAAAUUAUUUGUACUAAUAACUUAUAAAUUAUAUAACCGAAACCCAAAGAUCACCAGGUUCAAAAGGCAGUAAGACCACAAGAACUAGCAGAACCAACCGAAUAGAAACAGGCUCACCAAUACUUCAGAUAUUGGAAUUAUCAGGGACAGGCUAAAUUGUUUUACUAUUUUAAAGAAAUGAGACAAACUUGAAAAUAUUUGGGCUCUGGCAGAUUUUAAAAUGAAUCAAAACUGAAAAAUAUAAUAGCUGAAAGUAAGAGCAGGUAGUUUUAACAGCAGACUAGAUACAGUUGAAGAGAAAAAAUAAAUCAUGGAGAAAAAGCUGCUCAGCAAGCCCUUGGAUGUCCAUGCACACCUCAGGCUCACCAUGUCAUCUCAGUUGACAACCCCUUCCCCACCACUUCGGGCUCUUAGGGAACAGCCCCGCUAGCCUUCCAAUAGUCCAAAGCAGAUCACUGGACAAUAGUCCCAACUCCUUCACUUGUUCAGUCUGUCACUAAGCCCUGUUCACUCUAUCUCAUAAGCAUCUUAAACUCUGCCCAUUUUUCUCCACCUCCAGGGCCACUAUGGCAGUCCAGGCCUAGCCUGGAGGCAGCCAAGCCUCUUCAUUGGUUCCCCUCAUCCCCACCCCCAGUCCAGUCCCCUUCAAUCCAUUUCUCACACUGUGGCAACCACACCAUCUUCCUAAAAGAAACCCUGCCACGUCAUCUCCUCAGACUUAGUAGUGACUCCGGUUAAAGCCCAGCUCCUUAACUGGCCCUUACACAAGGCCCCGUGUGGUCUGGCCCUCACAGCAGGCUUCACUCCAGCCCUGUCCCUUGAUUCCAGCCACUACGUUUUCCCAGUGCAGAGAUUCAAAAUAAAGUCUAUGCUAACUUGGAUCUAUAAAAUUUCAGAGGAUUUAGAUGAAAGCCAAAUGUUUAUUUCAUUAAUUUUAUUAUAUGCUCAAAUUGCAAAUGGAAUAUAAUAUUUAGAACAGUUCUUUUCCAUUCAUAUUUUGCACACACACGCAAAACUGAAGUUCUUCCCCUACAUCUUUGGCAUCAGGAUAUGGUCACCCCUAGGACCACUCUGGGUCACCUGACCAAGUUCCGGGUCCACUGUCUUCACUACAGCCAAGUGAUUUAAGAUACAGAAAUGCCUUCUGAAUUUCAUGCAUGACGCAGUCUCUGGAAAUUUUAUCCAAAGCCACAAGUGCCAAUUGACCUAACAUUCAAACAGUUGGAUUUUUACAAAUCCAUCCUGUGGAAGUGUCUUGGGAUCACCACAACCACUUACCUCACUGCUUUUCCACGAAUCUUCAAAGUACUUGCUUAUCCUGAAAUCCGACAGUCUCAAAUUGUGAGGUCAAAGAUCACACCCUCAGGAAUAAUUACUAAAUCUUUAUUCUUUGCCACUUCCCCCCUCCAGUUCCACUAGGGAAACUGUGGCGCAGUAAAUGACUUAAUAUAGCCCUUCUAGCCGUAGUCUUUGUAACUCCCACAUAAUGAUUGGUGGGACUAUGCAAAUUAGGUGUAUGGAACCUGUGAUGGUUAUGUGUGGACUUGGCUGGACCAUGAUGUUCAGAGGUUUGGCAGUUAGGUAAUGAUGUAAUUUGGCAGUUAUAUAAUGAUGUAGUCAUCUAUUUUGUGAUCUGAUAUAAUUAUCCUCCCUUUUGUGAUGUAAAUUCUAGCCUCUCUGCCUGUGGUUAUGGUUCCUUUUGGGAGUGAGUUGUGUUAUGUUAAUGAGGCAGGAUUAGAAUGGGAUGUAUCUUGAGUCACUGCCUUACUAGAGGGUGUGACUCAAGUCACCACCCUUAUCACCCUUACUCAAGUCAUGCCCUUGAGUCACACAUUUAAGAACAGAGAAGUGGUGGGGGGCAUGCUACCACCAGGAAGGGCUAGGAGUGAAGUAUGUCCUUUGGACUCAGGAACCCUUAGCUGAGAACUUUCUAGACCCAGGAGACAGCUGUAACACUGGAGACAGUCCAAGACAGCAAGAAGCGGCAUCAAGUGUGGCAAAGAACUUGCAGCAGCAGAACCAGGAGAUGGUGUGCUGGGCUUCCCAGCCCUCGUAGUGACGCAGCUACAGUGAGUGUGCUGAUGUAUGCAAUGAGAAAGCUGAGUUCCUUGGGGGGUGCCCCCAAGCACUUGGCUUGCUGACCCACAGAGCAAAAAACCUGAGCGCCUUUGGGCCAAGGCUUACUGGUGGUGUGGGGUGCCCUGGGCACUUACUGGUGGAGCUGAAGAGAUUUGUAACGUUUGCCCGAGCAGGGCAGAGUCUGGGCUGAGGGGCCGAGGGGCCGAGGGGCUGAGGGCCAGAGAGAUAGGCCUGCCUGUGCGUACAGCUGAGAAGAGGCUGUCCUGAUCGAGAAAAACUAUCCUGAGUCAUUUCUGAUCCUGAAUUGUAACCUGCUUACUUCCCUAAUAAACCCCAUAAUCGUGGGUAUUGUCUGUGACUUGUGUGUGCCGUUGCAACAAAUUAUUGAACGCAGCAGAGUAGAGAAUGCCCUUGGGAGGGAUGGCUGGUGUCAGAAUUGCCAAAAAGAUUGGAGGACGUUUGUCUGACUGCCACCCUCACAGCAAUCAGCC